GUUAGUUUAUCCACGAAAUUGGUCUCUGUCUAGAGUACUUUUUAUUUUUAUUGAAUUUAAGGAUUUACUGUUUAAAAUUUAUAAACAGGCCUAUUUAACCAGUGAAAUAAAAAAAUUCUGUAGCCAGUGAUCAUAUAGACAACUUUGAAAUACAAAGAAAAAUGAUGAGGUGUAAGGUUAUGUUGGUGCAUUUUUAGAUUUUCGAAGAAAGGUUUAAGUCUUUAAGAUGACUGAAAGCGUGAAUGAUACUAUUAUGAAAAUGGUGAAAAAUCUAAAAUCUGGUGCUCAAACUGAAAAAAUGAACAAUUUUGAAUAUACCACUUUAAAACGCUCCAUAAGUUCUUCAAAUUCAAACGAAAGUAGUUUCGAUGAGCCAACACCAGUGAAGAGACUGAAACAUGAGAAUAAACUGGAUUUAUCUUAUGUUGGAUCUCCCAGAGAAAUGAGAAGAUUAAGAGCCGAUCUAGUCGAGGCUAGAAAUACCAUUUUAAACCUGGAAACUAGGAUAAGUCAUAUGCAUGCACUUAGGAAACAAAUGCAAUUAAUGUUUGAUGAGGAAAAUCAGUCUUUGAAACGCCAACAUGAGUACGACAAAAGAUCUAUAGAAGAAUUGGAAAAUCAACUCCAAAUUAUCAGAAAAAGGGAAGCUGAUAUUAAGCGUGAAUUAGUAGAAGUUAAUAACAAAUAUGAUUUACUAAAAAUAAAAAAUUGUGAGCAAGUGGAAAAGUUAGAGAAGACUUUGGAGGAGUGCAAGGAAGAGUCCCGACAAAUUGAAUCGGAAGAAAAUAGUAUUAUACCAGGGCUGGAAAGAAAAAUUACAGAAUUGGAAAGUAUGCUGGAGGCAGCAGAGGAAGAUGCAGAGGCACAAAAAAAAUUGGCCGAGGAACUUGAGAAGAGGCUGUCUGAAAAGAAUUCGUUGGAAAGAGAUUUGGAACAAAAGGAUCAAGCGUUGCAAAAGGCCAAAGUUUAUAUUAAAGAGUUAGAAUAUGCAAAAGAAAAUAUUGUAGAAUUCCACGAACAAGCAAAGACCCAGGCUCAUAAAUUAGCUAAUUACGUAGAAAUGGAGAAAGAAAAUGCACAAUUGAAGGAAGAGAACGUCAGAUUAAAGGAAGAAGUUCGUAAUAAACUAUUAUUGGAAGAGGAGGUUUACGAUCUAAAGAAUCGUCUUAUAAAAUUUAAAGCACAAGAGAAAAAAUUAGCCGAUUUACAAGUUCAAGAGACUCAGAACGCUAUGUAUUUAAACGAGUGGCGGGCUGUCGCACGAGGUAUCUGCGAAUCUUCAGAAACAGACGCGGCUCUGCCGCAUCUCUUAAGAUCAACCGUGGAAAGGUUACAGCAGCAGGAAUUAACGUUAACGUCUGAAAAGGUGGAACUGGAAUCACAACUCAAAACAAUUACUCAUGAAGCCAAAGUGGCCAAAGCCGAGCUGGAGAAGAACCAGAAGCUACUGACCGAACUGAAGUCGACCGGAGACCAAAAACAAAGCCUGAUCCACCGCAUGCAGAAGAAGCUUCUUCUGGUCAGCCGGGAAAGAGACAGCUAUCGCUUGCAGCUAGAUUCCUACGAGAAGGACCUCACCAUGUGCGUAAACACGACCGCUACUGGUGGCAGCACGUCCAACCAGAUCCAGGCUCAGAAGGACCGAAUCGAGAACCUGGAAAGGAUGGUGGACGGAUACAGGGACAUGGUCACUAAGUUGGAGAAUGAUCUUCAGACGGCUCAACCAAAUAUACAUUCGGAAAUCGUGCCAGUUAGGGCGGAGCAGAUCAGCCGGCUCCAGGACGAAAUCCAGCAGCUCAAACACGACAACGAUAAGCUGCGCGAGAGGAGAGACGAGCUAGAGAUCCAGCUGGAAUCGUACCUAAUCGGCCAGGACACCCUGCAGGGGGGCCAAGCCUACCACCUGGCCAACAACCCCCUGGCCGAGUGCCUCGCUCAGAGGGAAAACCUAGUCGACAAGCUGGAGCAGGAGGUGGAGAAACUGAAAAAGAAACUGAAGAACAUGGAGGAGGGCAUCGAGGUGAGCAAGCUGGGGGACAUCUCCGUCUGCCCCAAGGAGGUGCAGUCUCUCAAGGAACAGAUCAAGUCGCACGAGCAGCAGACGCAGAUGCUGAAGGAUUACUUCAAGUCGCAGAUGCAGGAGUUCCGGAACGUCAUCUACAAUCUGUUAGGGUACAAAAUCGACCGGCAGAAUUCGCUGUAUAAGUUGCGGAGCAUGUACUCGGACCACGUCGACGACCAGCUGUGCUUCCAGUUGAACAAGGAGGGGGAGCUGAACCUGUUGGAGACGGAGUUCAGCACCACGCUGGAGGACAUGAUCAAUUUGCACCUGGUGCACCAGAAGUCGAUUCCCGUUUUCCUCAGCGCCGUCACCAUGGACAUGUUUAACAAUAAGACGAUAACGAAAACUUUCCAGAUAGAGUAGAGUAGCGCUGACUUUUUUUUUUUUAUUAGUCGUAUAGUUUUAUUUUCUUGUAAGAUUAGGGCCAGACUUAAUCUUUGGAAUAAGUUGUGACGUUUUUUUAAUUUUUACAAUUUAAUUCAGUAAUAAAAUUGUCUGAUUCUG